AUGACGGUUGACGGGGAAUCGGGGUCGGCUGUUGCAGAGGCAGCAGUGGCAGAAGCAGUUCCAGUUUGUAAUCGUGAAAAUGCGGAUCAAGAGAUGGACGAGCCAGCUGCUAAGAAACGAAAGGCCGUGAACGUCCAGGAAUUGAGAUUGCUCGAGGACCUCCCAGCGGCCGAGAGAUACGAGAGGAGUUACAUGCAUAGAGAUGUCUUGUUUUCCGUCCAUUCUACUCCAACAAUGUUCAUCGUGACGGCCUCGGUGGAUGGUCACGUGAAAUUUUGGAAAAAGCGGGAGGUCUACAUUGAAUUCGUCAAGCACUUCAGAGCGCACAUUGGCGGCCUCAUCCACACGGCGGUCUCGACCGAUGGUAGUCGCUACGCAACAACGGCGACGGACAAGAAGGUCAAGAUAUUCGACGUCGUCAAUUUCGAUAUGAUCAAUAUGAUCUCGCUCGACUUUGAAGCUUCUUUGAUCGAGUGGAUUUAUACCUCCGGCUCGACAAUCCACGGAAUCUCAGUCGUGGAGAAGGAGUCUCACAUCAUCCGAGUGUACGAUUCGACAUCUUCCAGUGCCUCCGAAAAUGCGCUCCUGGACAAGGUUCAUUUCAAGGGAUCGACAAUCACUGCGAUGCGAUUUUGCCCACUUCACAAAAUCGUCAUCACGGCGGAUUCGCAAGGAAUGAUCGAGUUUUGGAACUCGGAGGCGCCCUACGAGAUCAACGAAGAUCUUUUUGAGUUCAAGUACAAAAUGCAAACGGAUUUAUACGACUUGGCAAAGAACAAGGCUUUUGUUAUGCAUCUAUCAGUAUCUCCAGAUUGCGAGAAGUUCUCCGCGUAUGGAUCUGACAGAAUCAUCCGCGUUUUCAAGUUGAGAAAAGGAAAAAUCUGGCGACAAUUUGACGAAACUCUGAAAUCAAUUUCCGAGCAGCAGAAGAAAGAAGAACUGAUUAACGAGAUGGACUUUGGGCGGAAAAUGGCGAAUGAAAAAGAGUUACCAAAACACGAUAAGUUGCGGCUAUCGGAAGCGAUUUUUGACCAGUCUGGCAAGUUUUUUCUUUACUCAACACUCUGGGGAGUUCGGGUGAUUUCAUUGAGGACCGGCGCUUGUAUCAAAAUUAUUGGACUAACAGAGACCUUUCGACCACUUAGUCUGGCAUUGUGUCAGGGCUCAUUGACGGAGGACAAGCGGACGGCGGCGCUUACGCUUGACAUGAAAGCAGCGGCGAACCCAACUCUGGCAGAAAAUGUGAAAGAUCCGACGCUUUUUGUUACUGCUCACAAAAGCAAACGAUUUUACCUUUUCACCCAGCGAGAACUCGACGGAGAAGCGUAUGAGAGGGACAUUUUCAACGAAAAGCCGACUAAAGAGGAAACUAUGGCUGCUGCACAGACCGCACAGGCAAGAAGGCUUGCGACAAAGGUCUGUCUCCGAACUUCCAUGGGAGAUAUUUACAUUAAACUUUUCAAAGACAAAGUCCCUAAAACUGUCGAAAACUUCGUCGUCCAUGUGCGCAACGGUUACUAUAACAACCACAUAUUCCACCGAGUUAUAAAAGGAUUCAUGAUCCAAACGGGCUGUCCUCUCGGAACUGGAACGGGAGGCGAGUCGAUUUGGGGCGGAGAAUUCGAAGAUGAAAUUUUACCAGAACUGAAGCAUAAAAAGCCUUUCAUGGUGUCGAUGGCAAAUGCAGGGCCAAACUCGAAUGGGUCACAGUUUUUCAUCACUGUUUGUCCCUGUCCAUGGCUGGAUAACAAGCAUACGAUAUUUGGAGAAGUUUAUCAAGGCAUGGAAAAUGUGCUCAAAAUUUCCCAGGCGCCGGUAAAUAACAAAACGGACAAGCCUUGGGAUGAUAUGACAAUUUUAAACGCAAGCGUAGUGAACUAA